UAGUGUGACAUACAAUUAACUAUUAGCAUACAGUCAGAUAGCCAGUAUAGCAUCAAUAUUUGAUAGGGAAACAGAGCUAGUUGUGAUUGAACUCAAGGCUAAUAGAAUUAUUAUUGCAGCUAGCUUAGACAGUCUUUACAAGGCAAGUCUUGCAACAAGCUACAGACUAGACGGGUCACGAUGGCCUGCUUGUAUGACAAAAGUCAAAGAGGCUACUCAGUGGAGAUGGGAUUUCGUAUAAUUAGAAGAACAGCAAGGAAAAAUCGCUUCUUGGUUCGACGACCUACCGUACCAGUUGUUCUUAAUAUGGGAGACCUGGAGCCACUUUGCGAGGGCCUGAGCCAAGAAAACUUAGAGAAUGUCUCUGUGUUCCGAGGUGAUGUGAACUUACUUCGUGCUGAAAAAGGGGAGGACUCUAUAGAGAUGGGUGUGGCUAUGAAGUACCUGAAGGCAGCUCGAUACGACGCCAACAAGGCCAUGGAUAUCUACAAAAAUUAUCAGAAACAUCGUGAGACGUACCAGUUGGACAAACUCAAAGUUCAUCGAGAGCCUUUGUGCUCAGAAAUAGGAUCAAGAAAAAUGGAGAUUGUUGGUACGUAUGACAGGGAGGGUGCUCCUAUCGUGGUGUUCACUGGCUGCAAACAUGACAUCAAGCAUUUUGAGUCAAAGGGUGCUAUGCAACUGUUGUUCUAUAUUCUAGAUCAAUUGUCCGAGAAUGAACAGAGUCAAGAGUUCGGUGUUGUGUUUCUUAUGGACUUGAGAGACACAUCUCUCACUGCCACCAGCUACAUCAGUAACAUACUCUCCGUGCUUAGGGACGGCUACCCCCUGUAUGUCAAGGACAUCUACUUCAUUGGUACUCCUCCAGCCAUUAAAAAGAGCCAAGGCAUUUUGCGCUUCUUGAAACAAGAAACUCUGAAGGCAAAACAAAUUACCCACUCGGAACUGUCACUGUACUUUGACCUUGCCUGCCUCCCCCUCUCUCUGGGUGGCACCUACACACCUGGCAAAGAACCUACUUAUCCGUUCUGUUCGAUUAAGACAACUCGUCCAAUGGCAAAGCGAAAUCUAAUUGUGAGAUCCUCGGCCGCUGCUGUUGACUCUUCGAGAACAGUGAACAGUUUAACUCGAAUGUUUGAAACUAACGAUACCACCGAGCCUCAAAGGCCCACCCCCUCACACAAGCCACUCCCACCCACACCACUCAAACAGAAAGCAUCCUCCCCGUUCACAAAGAAAUCUUCAUAUCACGGCAAACCAUCCAAUGGCCAUCCCCCCACACCACCUGUAAAGCCGUUCAAGGCCCAUUCGAUCGAAACACCAUCAGAGAAACAAACCGACGAUGUCAGCAAGGGGAGAGCAGCUCUAAAACCUCCGAGCAAUGGCAAUAGAAAACCACUGUGUGCAUCUACUAGUCAUCCCGAUGUACUCAGUGAUGAACGUACUGAACAGUCACCAACUUCAAAACGAAAGGGCAUUUCAGCUCGCUUCUUCAAGAACAGGAGUAAAGAUGCUGAAUCGAAAGCCUUUGUUGCUUCGACGUCAGUGAGUAGUAAUGUGUUUAAGAAGAGAGUCAGUGACGAGGUGUUGACAGCUAGUUGCUCGCCAUCCAUUCAUCAAAACUCGAGGGGAAGGACUGGUUCUGAUGGAGACAAACCAAAUCGAGGGAGGAAAGCUCUCAUACCCGUCCAGCUUUCCAAAGGAGGGGAAUCCCCCUCUUUGGACCAGGGGCAGACAUCUUUGUUACCUCCACAACAUUUGGUGCCUAGCAAGCCACCUGCAAACAACAGCAGUAGUGCUGAGUACGAGGAGGUGGCUUGUAGACCGUGGGAAGCGAUGCUGCCUCCAGAAUCUCCACACAAGAAGACCAGAUCGUUCGAUCGCAGCAUGCAAUCAGAGUAUAAAAACGUUGUGCCGCAAAACUUACGAAUUUCAGAAUCAGCCGAUAAGAACGGUCAAGACACCAUUCUCGUACAGCCAAGUGGCAUUAUUGCCCCCUCCCCCCAACUGUAUCAGAAUGUGAGUAUUCCCUCUUCCAAUUCCCAUGUCCCGGGUCCGAGUAACCAUCGUGCUCCCCCCGUUCCAACCAUUGCCCCUCCAGAACCACCUGUGUACCAGGAAGUUGGUCAGAAAUUAAAUCUGGUUCCAACACAGGGCGGAGCAUACGAGGAAGUCAGUUUCAAACCCAGGCCAGUUUGUAAAAUAUCUGAUGACGGCUAUAUUUCAGAUGACGAUACGUUGUUCGGCAAAGAUGGACCACCCGGCGUACAGGCAGUGAUUUAUGCCAACUUCGGGCCUGAUGAAGGCAAUCAGUUGAUGACUUUGGAGGAGCUUGAGAGACAUAUCGAUAGCAAAGGGAGGAAUGGUCUGGCAGAGGAGUACCUCAGGAUCAAGAAUGAGCCUCUUAGUGGGCGCUACACCGUUUGCAGACUCAAGUAUAACUUGCCCAAGAACCGUUACAAAGAUGUGGUCUGCUACGAUGAGACAAGGGUGAAGCUGAAGUCACACACAGGAAAAGGUGCGGAGGGCUCAGAUUAUAUCCAUGCCAACUACGUCAAUGGCUACAACAAACCAGAGGCCUUCAUCCUCACUCAAGGUCCUAAAGACAAGACAGUGGCGGACUUCUGGCGAAUGGUAUGGGAGAAGCAAGUGCAUGUGAUUGUCAUGGUGACCAAGUGCGUGGAGAUGAUGAAGAGAAAAUGUGCUCAGUACUGGCCGGAGAAAGUCGGUACGUGUGUCACCCAUCAAAAAAUCACUGUGGAGGUCACUCAGAUACAGAUGCUGGACGGGUUUGAGCAGAGGACACUCAAAGUGGCUAGGAAGGGUGAAGAACGGACACUCACCCACUUCCAGUUCUUGGCCUGGCCCGAUUAUGGCGUCCCAACCAGCGGAACUAGUGUCCUCAAUCUACUGUUUGCAGUCCGUGAAGCUCAAGCCAAGAUCGCUAAGAACAGCAGAGAUUUCAAGCACCGUUAUGGUCCUCCUAUACUGGUCCACUGCAGUGCUGGUGUGGGCAGAAGUGGAGCUUUCUGUACACUGGAUAACACCAUCGACGAACUGGCUGAUAAAAGGAGGGUGAACUUGCAAGGGAUUGUCAGGAGAAUGCGAUUGCAGAGAGCCUAUUCUAUUCAGACGGAAGAACAAUACGAAUUUUGCUACAGAACUCUUCUAGAGUAUGCAAAAACUCUUAGUUGAUUUGUAUGCAAGGUUGCCAUGUAAUUUUUAUGUUGGGUUUUGUCAAUCAGCAACUUCACACAAUAAUUUUAUCACUAUAGCAACGUAUGUUUGUUUAUUGAUUGCGUCAUGAAUCGUCAUCACUGUA